AUGCGCUCAAAGUCUAAGAAGCGCGGUUAUGGUGUUCCGAAAACACCGUCGUCCCAAACCAGUUCAUCUACACCACCGGCUGUCAUCAAGGGUAGUGGACGCCGCGGAAGACCUCCCUCUAAGUCUCCUUUAGCUCCUCUACCCCAUUCUGUUGCUCCGCAGCCACCAGAAAAUCACAACCAAUCUGACUCGCCCGAUCAUUCUCAUACGUCUCUGCAGGAUAGUAGUGACCAGGAGCUAUUACCACUUCAGGAUCAGGCAUCAAGUGCAAUGUUUAAUUCACGGGUCUUGCAGUCUCUUGAAGAUGAAUCCGCGCCCCACACAAAUUCGGGCAUUCCUUCCUCCUAUCUUCAGUCUAGUGACGGUGUUGAUAAACCACGAAAACUGAGCAAACGAGAACGAAAGGCAUUAAUCAAGUCCAACAAGAGGACGCGCGCUGUGGUUGAUGAGUCCUUUGUCGCAAGCAUGGAUGAACUGUCGGAGAUGUUUCAGGCCAAGUGUGAGGUCGGUCCUUUUCAACUUCACCCCGUGCCUGUGGCCUCAGAUCCAUCGAGGACGGUUAUAACUCCCGGUAGUUCACCAAGGGGUGGUAGAGGACGCGGCGGAGGGCGUGGGGGACGACGAGGUCAUCCUCCGAAACCCCCACAGUCCCCCAAACGCCUUUUCUCCUCGUGGGUACCGUUGUGUCUGCCUCUAGGUGGAUUGCCCGAUAAACUCAAGUCACCAUCUUCCCGAUUACAACGCCUCACUCCCCGGUGUGUCCGGCAUUUUUUGAGUGCCGUGGACAACAUCCUUCUGCCCCCGUCAACAACCACUCGAUUAUCUCAACCUACUCCUUCACUGCCUUCCGUCACCGCCAUCAAUAACAAAACGCCUGAUGUUAACGGCUACUGCAACCAUCACCAUCACCAAGCGCCAUCGCUUUCGCAAAUGAGCGCGGUCAGUUCUGCCGAAACUCCUCUCAUGAAAUCACAAAAACCUACCUCCUCCAGCAGGCGUGGACGUGGACGACCACCAAAGUCAGCUUCGUUCAACCCAGAGGCACCUGUUGCGUCGUCGCCGGUUGAAAUGAUUCAAGCAACUUCGCCCCUGCUCGACACAACAGCCAAUUCCGUGGACGUGCUGACCGCACAGCCUGUCGUCGACCCGGCGGCGAAGGUGGCGGCCGGCGGCACGACCAAAGUCCGACGCUCCUCCACCAGCACUCCGCGCGAGCUUCGCGGCCUCGUCACUUGGGAUGCCAUGAUGAAGGCAGCUCAGGAACCCGUUCCUGUCAGUUGUAUGGCUUCUGCGGUCGACGUCAGGGGUGUGUCCGCGACCCCCUUGUCUCCGCUCUCUCUCCAGAUAGUGCCUGGUGGCGUAGACGAGGGCUCGGAGCAGAGGACAACGCGUGGCCGCAGUCGGCGUUUGUCGACAGGUCCUGCUAGCUCGGGAUCUCUCACGACAACCACCAGCGCCACUGCCGCCACAGCUCCCUCCGAGACAGAGUCUUGUCCGAAUUUUGAGCGGGCUUCAUCCUACGUCCAACCCUUUCAUAACCCCCCGGCUUCUCUAUCCCAUAUGGAUCCCUCUAAAAGCACUCCUACGUCCACGUCUGUUGGUAUGGAAUGUCACCAGACGUCACUCUCAAUCGCGUCCUCUCCUGCUUUCGCUGAAGCCUCGGGAUCUUAUGUUCCCGUUCACACGUCUAUGCGAAGUGCUUUCGAUACAUCUAACGAAGGCGUUAUUGCUAAGAUUGAAAAUAUUGAUAAUUCGUACUACCCGGUAACGCCAUCGCCCAAUCGCAGUGGCAGCGGUCGGGGCCGCGGCGGUGGCAGCGGCAGCGGCAGGAAACGCAAGGGUCUCGUCCCCGUAUUGCACCAGGCUUCGUCAGUACUUCAGAAAUCCGAGGCCGACCUCUCUCCACCCACGGCUCCUCUUUCUCCCGCGUCAACACCCCUCCCACCUCGCAAACGGUACAAGGUCGUUGAAGAUGAGAUUCCUGCUGCAGCUGCCGGUUUUAGUCCUUCAUCGUUCCCGAGGGACGGAUCGAUUGUGCAAUUACCCGCUGAACGAUCGACCGAGUCAACGCCUACAGCACUGACGCCUAACACCCCCGCUAAACGACCUCGAGGACGACCGAGUAAGCGGAGUGGGCUUCCAGUAAUUGAUGAUGGCGGCUCCCCCUCCAGCAGGCCAAAGCGUGAAGCUGCCGCUCUUGGUUUCGCUAGCAUGGUCGCUUCCUCUCUCAACUCAUCCCCCAUGCACGGUUCUCCAACUCGGGAGGACAAUGUUCUCUCCACUGUUGAUUCCGUUGUGGGGGCAGGUAAGGCGGAGCAGACCCCGUCGCCCGUCACUCCGUCGAAGCGUGGACGCAAACCCAAAAAACCGGCGCUCCUGCCGCCUCAGCCAGGCGAAGUCAAGAUUCCAAAGCCUCGCGGGCGUCCACCCAAGAUCCCGAGACCCUCACCAGUGGUCUUGGGAACGUCAGUUGAAGCACAAGUGACCCCCGAAUCUGCUGCAAACAGCCGAUUUAUUGAAGAGAAGAAACCCGCUCUAAUUGCUCCUGACAUUUUCAUUGAGCUCCAGCCACCCGGCACUGCUAGUCCCGAGCCUGUCGUGGACGCUCAGAAAGGGGCGCGGCUUGUGGACGGGGCCCACGAGGAGAAGAGGGGAGAGGAGGGCAAAGUGCUUAACAAGGGGAAGCGCGGCCGACGACCUACCAAUCUCACCUCCACGUCGCCCUCGGCCAAGCGCAAACCAGAGGAAGCACUGGUCGAGGCUGCCUGUGUUUCUCGACUUGAUCCAAUGUCAGUGGAAAGGCAGCCCAUGGAUGCCAUCAGUGUCGAGUCUUGUCAGCGACUGCACUACGAGAGCCAUGAACUGCGUCUUUUCCUACUGCGAACCCACGCUAAAGUCGGCCGACGGAAAUUCCAAAGGCGGAACCGGGGCCAGGCUGCGGCUGCGGGCAGUACGACCACGCAGGAGCUUCUCGCGGCCGGUCCUAUUGCCGAACUUCCCUCUCGCAGUGGCUUCUUCCCUCUCUCUCGCCUGUCUGAACCAAUCCCCGACCCCUUUGAGUCCUCCCAAGACGACGAACAGACUACCGUUCGUCAGCUCUACUUACGCCUCCUCAACAUCCCUGAUGUGUGCGAUUCGUCGACACGUCUCACCGCCCCCCUGCUCUCCCUGCCCUGUCCUUUACGAAAUCCCGACUUUUACCGCUACAUUUGCGUGUCUGGUCUGCUGGGCAACUUUGAACAGGCCUUGGGAAGUGACUUCUCGCUUCAGUCGCGUAUCCUUCGUACGGUUUCACCUCAAUUAGUUGACGUGUCAUCAGUGGCGCAGCCUCCGUUUUAUCCCAGUGCUGACGUCGAGUGGCCCCCGCUUUGCUUGCUGAGCGUUCUGCCCCACUUGGACGUGGGUGGCUUUCAGCGACUGGAUCUGCUCUUGGAGUUCCUGCUACGCACGUGGGAGGCUUACGCAGGAAGGAGGAGUUGGUUGGGAAAGCAACUGCAGCAAAUUAGGGCUCUGUACAAUCAACUCAGAACAGAACAUGCGACCAAUCACCCAGAAAAGGAGGUCCCUCUUCCAUCAGCCGGACUCAUGUUGGGCUCUUCGAAGGGCUCCGGUCCCGUUAUUGCCGGAAGCGGUGCUGCACGCAAAAAGGUCGAUCGACAGACACUUGAACGCGGCGCCGAAGUAAUUCGAUGCCUGUGUGGGUUCCGCGUUGAGGGGGGCCACGUGAUGGUGCAAUGCAACUCCUGUGUCACCCGUCAGCAUCUCCCAUGCAUCUGGUGGGCGCUCUCUCUUGACUUGAAUCCUCGUCUGGCGGCGCCAGCCACUGCCGCCGGUUCCCGCUGGCCGGGCGUGUCUGCCUCGCGCACCAACCGACUCUCGUCUAGAAUGGCGCGCUGUCGCGCUGCUCUGGUUUCCGCGCUUGCAGCAGGCGGUCACGAGGUCUCCCGACUGGUUCCUCAGGGGGCUCUCAAAGGCUCUCUGGCUUCCCUCACGGAUACACCCUACUUUUGUCCAAACUGCUUGGAAAUUGAUGGGUUAACGAAGGUUCGUCCACGCCUCUUGCUUCAAAAAUGCCAUUGUCUGUGCUCGAUACUGUAUUUCCACUCCCGUCGCCAGUACCGGCGCAACCCCACAAGGCCUCGUCCUGCGCUCUUCGUACCAGCUUGA